UCGGUUCGCCGUCGGUUUCCUGCUGCAGUGAGAAGAAGCGGCGGCGUCGAGACAGACUGAAGACUGAGCAGCACCUCCUCCUCCAAUAACUACACCAUACAAUGAAACUGUUAGCGGCACCUCCGUCUCUCGACACCCGCUUCGUGACGGUUAUUCUGCUGAUGAUGGGCCUCUCUACUCCUGGACAAGCAGAAAUCACCAGUCUGGACACGAACAACAUUGAUGACGUCCUAAAUAAUGCUGGGGUGGCAUUAGUGAAUUUUUAUGCAGACUGGUGUAGAUUCAGUCAGAUGCUCCAUCCGAUUUUUGAGGAGGCAUCUAACAUAGUGAGGGAGGAGUUUCCUGAUACCAAGCAGGUGGUGUUCGCUCGCGUCGACUGUGACCAACAUUCGGACAUAGCACAGCGCUACCGCAUCACCAAGUACCCGACGCUGAAGUUGUUCCGCAAUGGCAUGAUGAUGAAGAGGGAGUACAGGGGUCAGAGGUCGGUGGUGGCCAUCGCUGACUUCAUCCGCCAGCAGAAGGUCGACCCAGUAAAAGAAAUACACUCAAUGGAGGAGGUUAAUACUGUGGAUAGGAGCAAGAGGAACAUCAUAGGCUACUUUGAAAAAAAGGACUCCGAUAACUACCACACAUAUGAAAAAGUUGCCAACAUCCUUCGAGAUGACUGCACAUUCUUGGCUGCCUUUGGCGCCGUAUCUGAGUCCGAGCGCUUCAGCGGAGACAACGUGAUCUACAAACCUCUGGGCGAGAACGUUCCCGACAUGGUCUACCUCGGAUCCCUCACCAACUUUGACCUGACGUACGCUUGGGCCCAGGACAAGUGUGUGCCUCUGGUCAGGGAGAUCACCUUUGAAAAUGGAGAGGAGCUGACUGAAGAAGGAAUCCCUUUCCUCAUUUUGUUCCACGUUAAAGAAGACACAGACAGCUUAGAGAAGUUCCAACAGGAAGUAGCUCGCCAGCUCAUCAGCGAGAAAGGGUCUAUAAACUUCCUUCAUGCGGACUGCGAUAAGUUCCGCCAUCCUCUCCUCCAUAUCCAGAAAACUCCAGCUGACUGUCCCGUCAUUGCCAUAGACUCAUUCAGACACAUGUAUGUCUUCCCCGACUUCAAAGACCUCGAUACCCCUGGUAAACUGAGACAGUUUGUUGUGGACCUUCACUCCGGUAAGCUUCACCGAGAGUUCCACCACGGCCCCGACCCCACGGACAGCACGCCUGGACAGGAGGAGAUGGGCGGAGAGGUGGCCAGCAGUCCACCGGAGAGCUCGUUCAAAAAGCUCGGGCCCAGCGAGACCCGCUACACCAUUCUCACCCGGGACCGCGACGAGCUGUGACCUUAACGGCCUUCCUGUGACUCAAUGCCACGCCCGGGGUCAGGGAGGGGGUUAGGGUUGGGACAGGCCGGCGGGACAGAACAGCAAAACACCCAACACCCUUACUGAAGAACGAGACAAAGCGCAAGAAAGGGGAGAACGAAGAGGAGCGAAGACGAACAGGAGGAGGAAGAGCGCAGUCCAUGACACACCAUGUUGGAAUAACCUAUAUUUUCAUAACUCUUUCACGUACAAUUUUUAUUUUGAAUUAAAAAAGGAAGGGGGAUAAAGAAGAAAAAUGUGUGUGGGCAGAGGGUUAGGGGCAUUAGGACAUGGAGAGUUUUUACUUUUGUUUUCCUGGAGGUUGUAAAUAUGUUUGUGCUGCGUUGGAGUCUCAAUAUUGGUCUAAAUUAAAUGCAGAGUUUUCUUUAUUUUAUUCCUUUUCUUUUUCAUCACCCUGCUUUUUGUAGAAAGAAAGGAAAAAAAAAUCAACAGUUCCCUCACUCCAGUUGUACGGUUCUUAUCUGUGGGUAGUUCAACCUGUCUGAUAGGAGAUGCUCGUUUAGUCUCACUGACCUCAUGGCUGCAUCUCAAUACGACCAACUCUAGUUUAAUUCAAUUUGUAUAGCACAAGUUCUAACAGUAUGCCUGUUUUGAAGUAGCUUUAUCUCCAUAUCUACUCUGCACACACAGAAGGAAUAGAGAAAAACACUCUGUAAUUUCAAAUCAGACAGGAGAUAAAGAGACUGAGCUACUCCAGCCCGUUGAGAUGCAUCCCUUCUCUCCCUGGUACGGUCGGUACCGUGGUUAUAGAUUAUGAUGUCUCUUACAGUGCUUAGAAAAAAAUAUUCCUGGGAUCUUUUCAUGUUUUACUUUUUUACUAUAUUGUGCCACAGUGGAUGCAAUUAAGUUUUUUGUCACCAUUCGACAGAAAAUAAUCUAAAUGGAGUUGCUUUUUGGCUUUUGUACUGCAUAAAUACCCCCAAAAAUCCCCACUUUUGAUGAAGCCUGGUGGUGGCAGCAGCAGCAUGCCAUGUGGAGGCUUCUCUGCAGAGGUGCCGGGCUUCUUGUGACAGUAUGAGAGGGCAAAAUACAUGCAGGAAAAUCAAACAUAAAGUCAGAUUAAAAGAGGAAAGGCAUGAAGUCAUGACAAAAGCCAGAAUUUGCUUGGGAUUGUGCUUUCCAAAACUGUGACAAACCUGUCCAUUUAAGCUUAAAGCUGAAAUUGGGGCCAGAAAAGUGUAUGUAAGCACAUGAAUUCUGCAGUUGAUCACUGUUUUUUGUCAGUUGUAGCCCCUCUUGAGCAUAUGAACAGUAAGUGGAUAUAGCUCAUGGAUGCAAUCUGAAAUCUACAUUUUCAACCGCAAUCAGUCCAAACAAUUUGACUCCUGUUAAGUGUCUAAAACGUCUAAUUAAAUCCACAUCUGUAAAACGGUAAACUAUUAAACAGUAAGAGAGGCUGGGUACUUUGAUGGGCACGGUAUUUGCCAUAACAACCCUCUGAGUUGUGCUCGUGGGAAUCCAAAAAAUGGUGUAUUUUACCACGAAUCUCUGAAAUGGCUGUUGUUUUUGCUGUUACCUGUUGUUAAAUGUGUCAUCACGCUGGGGGAAAGAAGAAAAGACGGACUGUCCCGGUGUUUUACAAAAGGCCGAAAGACGAGAGAGGGGGAAAACCCGAGCGGCGAACGGUGGAAAUUUAGUCUGCCACUUUAUACGAGUCUUCUUGCCUCCUUUAUAUGUCUUCGAGGUUUUGGUACAAGUCUAGAUCCCUGAGAAUCCUACAAGUGGACUACGAGUUUGGGGACCCAUUGCUAAGUUUGUACUGUGCGUCCUGCCCUUCCAUAGAGGCCAACAGAUACCUGCAUAGUGACAUAUCAGCCCACAUACAGAGCUACGGGAGGGGGGGAGUGAUGCCAUUUCUAAAUCAGUCAUCUCAGAGGGGAGGAAGAGUUGGAAAAAGUAAAUUAAAAACCAUUUUACAGGA